GCCAACUUUCACGCUGCCUCGGCGGCCCGGCCCGGCUCCGCGCCAAUGGUGGAGGCCAUAGUAGAGUUUGACUACCAGGCCCAGCACGACGAUGAGCUGACCAUCAGCGUGGGUGAGAUCAUCACCAACAUCAGGAAGGAGGAUGGAGGCUGGUGGGAGGGACAGAUCAAUGGCAGGAGAGGUUUGUUCCCUGACAACUUUGUAAGAGAAAUAAAGAAAGAGGUGAAGAAAGACCCUCUCACCAGCAAAGCUCCAGAAAAGCCCAUGCACGAAGUAGCCAGUGGAAACUCUUUGCUGUCUUCUGAAACCAUUUUAAGAACCAACAAGAGAGGAGAGCGCCGGAGGCGCCGGUGCCAGGUGGCAUUCAGCUACCUGCCUCAGAACGAUGACGAGCUUGAGCUGAAAGUCGGUGACAUCAUAGAGGUGGUGGGAGAGGUAGAGGAAGGAUGGUGGGAAGGUGUUCUCAAUGGGAAGACCGGAAUGUUCCCUUCCAACUUCAUCAAGGAGCUGUCAGGAGAGUCAGAUGACCUCGGCAUUUCCCAGGAAGAACAGCUCUCCAAGUCAAGUUUGCGGGAAACCACAGGCUCUGAGAGUGACGGCGGGGACUCAAGCAGCACCAAAUCCGAAGGUGCCAAUGGAACUGUCGCCACUGCAGCGAUCCAGCCGAAGAAAGUCAAAGGCGUGGGCUUUGGAGACAUUUUCAAAGACAAGCCAAUAAAACUAAGGCCAAGGUCGAUUGAAGUGGAAAAUGACUUUCUGCCAGUGGAAAAGACUAUUGGGAAGAAGUUACCUCCAACCACAGCAACUCAAGAAUCAUCAAAAACAGAAAUGGACAGCAGGACGAAGACCAAGGAUUACUGCAAAGUGAUAUUUCCAUAUGAGGCACAGAAUGACGAUGAAUUGACAAUCAAAGAAGGCGACAUAGUCACUCUCAUCAAUAAGGACUGCAUCGACAUCGGCUGGUGGGAAGGGGAGCUCAAUGGCCGACGAGGCGUGUUCCCUGAUAACUUCGUGAAGUUACUCCCACCGGACUUUGACAAGGAGGGCAGUAGACCCAAGAAGCCACCACCUCCAUCAGCGCCUGUCAUCAAGCAAGGGGCAGGUACCACUGAGAGAAAACAUGAAAUUAAAAAGAUACCUCCUGAAAGACCAGAAACCCUUCCGAACAGAACAGAAGAGAAAGAAAGACCAGAGAGAGAGCCAAAACUGGAUUUACAGAAGCCCUCUGUUCCUGCCAUUCCACCAAAAAAGCCUCGACCGCCCAAGACCAAUUCUCUCAACCGGCCCGGCGCGCUGCCCCCGAGAAGGCCAGAGCGACCAGCAGGUCCCCUGGGCCACACCAGGGGUGACGGUGCAAAGAUCGACUUGGUUGGCAGUGCUGUCUCCGGCUUGCUGGACAAGGAUCUCUCGGACCGCAGCAAUGACAUCGACCUAGAAGGUUUUGACUCUGUGGUGUCAUCUACUGAGAAACUCAGUCACCCAACCACAAGCCGACCAAAAGCCACGGGGAGGCGGCCUCCGUCCCAGUCCCUCACGUCUUCAUCCCUCUCAAGCCCUGAUAUCUUUGACUCUCCAAGUCCCGAAGAAGACAGAGAGGAACACGUUUCACUUGUGCACAGAGGAGCAGACGCAUCAAAGAAAACGUCCAAGACUGUUACCAUAUCCCAAGUGUCCGACAACAAAGGUUCCCUGCCACCCAAGCCAGGGGCCAUGGCUGCAGGCGGCGGCGGGCCAGCCCCACUGGCAGCAGCAGUGCCCUCCUCCCUGUCAUCCUCUUUGGGAACAGCCGGACACAGAGCCAACUCCCCGUCUCUGUUUGGCACUGAAGGAAAACCAAAGACGGAGCCUGCAGCCAGCAGCCAGGCAGCCUUGGAGGAGCUGAGGACGCAGGUCCGCGAGCUGAGGAGCAUCAUUGAGACCAUGAAGGACCAGCAGAAGCGAGAGAUUAAGCAGUUAUUGUUGGAAUUGGAUGAAGAGAAGAAAAUCCGGCUGCGGUUGCAGAUAGAAGUGAACGACAUAAAGAGAGCUCUUCAAUCAAAAUGAAUACUUGAUCAAUGAAACGUCACAUUAUUCAUCCCGAGUCUGACUGAGACUCGAAUUUUCUGCCCCAGCCAAAAUAACCUUGUGCCAAAAGAUGAAAGGUUUGCCUCCACAUGUCCCUGUUUGAAAGAUUAGCACAAAAGGCUUGAUAGCACCGCACAAGUUCCAUCCACGAGGAGAAUCUUCCCCAAGGCCUCGCCCUGGGUCCGGCACGUCCACAGAGCAAAUUGUGCUGAAGGCUUUGUCCCCUUGAGCUCUCAUGUGAAAUGAAAACUCAGGCAGUCUAGUCCAUAGUGGUACUAUUUUGAAGAUUUUUUCCAUGAAUAAAAUGUCAUUUCCGAUUCUUCGUUUACAAGCUUUAUAAGUUUUUGAUUUUGUUUUUACAUCGUGUUUUGUCACAGACGCCCCCCGCCUCCACCCGAGGCAGGAGCAGGCGGCCCCCUCCUUUAACUUCGGGCCGCACACUGGCUCGCUUUGUGUUCCCACUGAGGAUUCUAUUACAUAUGCAAUUUUAGGUCCAACCUGACCCUUCUCCCUGCCAACAAAGCCCACCACCCUGAGGUAAAUUUUAGCUUCUCUAUGAUGGUAUAUUUACAAGAUGAGAAAGAGAAAAUCUGGUAUUUGCAAUGAUUUGUGCCUUCUUUUUACCACCCUCUGGAUUGGAGCUUUUGAUGCAGCUACCAUGAUCCAAAAAAGCAAAAAGAAAAAAUGGUGUUCUUAGCCACUUACUAAAGUCCACUAGAGGCCGCUGUCUUCAGAGCUUCCCUCACCAUCGCCAAAGGUCCAAAGAGGAGACAGCUGUGAACUUGGGAGUGCUGUGUGGUCCCAGCUGUGAGUUUUCCGUUCUCCUGGUUUUCAGUUGUUCAUGAAACUAGCAAUGUCACCCCUGCUUGAUUUUCUCACCCACCGAGUUAAACCCCUGCCUCCUGUCCUUUGCACCUUUUGCGUGAGCAGAAUAUGCAUUAUUAAAAGCAAAAAUCAAUAAAGUCAAAUGCAAAUGAACACAGGG